AUGGUAUUAAUUCGAGCGUGGAUUGCUUACAAUAAACUUCUCGAAUCCCAACCAUUUAAAACCCAGCUCAUGACUGCUGUUUUCAUGGGCUGGGUUGGAGAUGGCAUUGCUCAGGUUUUUGUCGAAAAGCACCCUUUUAGCAUUAGGAGAUCACUUGUAGUGAAUACAUAUGGGGUUUUUGAAACUAUUCAGUUUUCAUUCAAUAAUUCGUAUAUUCCUAAUUGUAGACAUUCUGGCUGUUAUUUUAAUUCUAAAUAAUAACAACAGUUAGUGAUUAUAUUCAUUCCAAAUAGGCAUAAAUAAUUUUGUAUUAGCUCUGGUAAAAUGGAUAGUAUUCAAAGGGAAAUGCAUAUAAUAGAAGGAUAUUACUGGCUUCAUCUAUUAGACAGAAUCGUAGGACACCAGCUGACUGCCCCUAAAGCUUUGAUAAAAACAGGUCUGGAUAUGUUUUUAUUCGGACCUUUUGAAAUUGCAAUGUUUAUGACUUGAACCAACGUUUUUGAGAGAUCUGACACUUCACUUGAAAAGAAGCUGCAGGAAGACUUCAUGCCUGUAUUUAUUGGUGGAUCUUUAUAUUGGUUUCCAGCAUCUUUUAUCUGUUUUUAUUUGGUAUCCAUGAAGAGCUAUAUGUAUUUUCCUCAGGGACAUUAUUUUUUGCAACCAUUCCUGGGAUGUUUAGUCGAAAUAUUUUUUUCAUGACAUUGGUCAAAAAAUGAUGGCUUUAGCCAAGCAAAUGUGUGACGAAUGAAAAUUUGACGAAUUCCCGAAAAAUGCCUAUAGUGAAAAAAUAACCACCAAAUGGCGUGCUACAUCUAUGAAAUACCGGCUGAUAUUUAGCUCAAUUUUUUGUAUCAUAUCAGACACUUUUAUGUCAUAUGCGACACAUAAUAGCAUAUCAUUUUACAAAGAUUUGCUUGUAGAGAAGGUAUAUAAAUUUUUGAGGUUAAAAGAGUAA